ACAAGUAGACAGACGUGAUAGUUCUUUACACUCUUUAUUACAUUUUAAUUCUGAAAUCGAAAUUAGCGAGUUACAGCAUAAAAAGUCGAGGUUAAUAUGAAGUACGAAAGAAGGGGAUUACAGAUAAGCAGUGAAUAAGUUGAAUUAUCGAAUCUGAAUACUCCAGAACGAUGAAUCGCUAGUGGGUUAUUUUGGUCCACUCGCCAGUUCCAUAUCAUAUUUUGGAUUGGCUGCGUCUAUGGGCUGAUGGCAGCCGCAGCAUCAGUUCAUCAUUCGUCGGCUGCAGGUAGUGUAUCACGUGGUGGCAGUGCGUCGUCGCCUCAUUGCACGACAAGUGCAUCAACAGCAGUUCGAGAUAUGUGUGUCGAAUUGUGUGUCGUAUGUGGCGACAAGGCAUCUGGAAGACAUUACGGUGCUGUUAGCUGUGAAGGAUGUAAGGGAUUUUUCAAACGCAGUAUCAGAAAGCAGAUAGGAUAUGUGUGUCGCGGUACAAAGGAUUGUCCAGUGACAAAGUUUCAUCGUAAUCGAUGUCAGUAUUGUCGUUUGCGGAAAUGUCUUACUAUGGGGAUGCGAAGCGAGUCGGUGCAAGCCGAAAGACGACCUGUUGGUUCAGCAUCGAAUAGUGAGGCAGCACCAACAAUGGUCGCGACAACAUCAUCUUCACUUAGGCCUGAGGCUUUAAGGACUUCUCCAAUUGUGAAGCACGAAAGUGCUUUCAUGAAUGGCUUAUUAGCAAUCGUGAGAAAUGAAGUGACAAAUACAGAGCUGAAGCAGGAACCGGAUGAUAUGAAGAGUUCAGAGACAAUCGAUAUAUCACCAACUAGUCCAUUGUCCGUAGUUCGACUUACUUCAGUUAGUCCUGAACCUCAGUCCUCGAUAAUAAAUGAGGAUAAAUUCGGUAGAGAGGAUGAUGAAACUGCAGUAGCGGCUCUCCUACGUGCACCUCUGUCAACAUCACCCUCAUCCAGUGGUGCAAGUUCAUCAUUACUUGAAGAUGGUUCUUUAUUGAAUACUGAGCGAGCGAAGUUCGAAUUACCAGUGCCACAGCCAAUGCCUAGUGAAUUAAACAUACAGUUUAUAUGUGAAACAGCUUCCAGGCUUUUAUUUCUAUCUGUCCACUGGAUGAAGAAUUUUAAAGCAGUCAGUUCCAAUCCUGGCUGCCUUGAACAGUUGAUGAAAUUAAAAUGGUGUGAUCUCUUCAUACUUGGCUUAAUGCAGUGUUCAAAUCAGUUUUGUCUUUCAAAUAUGCUGGCUGCUAUGAGUACUCAUUUAAGCGCCUGCUCACGAAUAGGUCAACUGAAAACGGAACGAUUUGAAGAAGUGAAUGAACAAAUUGGCUAUUUAUUUAAGCUCGUACAACGAUUCGAAGAGCUGAAGCUGUCAUCAAUGGAAUUUGCAUAUCUGAAAUUAAUCUCAUUUACAGCAAAUGAUCUCCCCAGUUCUUCAACGGACGCGAGCAUAAGGGCAGUACAUGCACAGGCAUUACAGGAACUCUAUGAGCAUAUAUUAUCGUUAAGCGUUACGAACUGUGAGGAUAGCUCUUCAGAAAACGACAAUGCUUCUGGAGCUGCGGCAGCUUCAACAGUGUACAAUGCAAUCGAACGUUAUAGUCAUUUAUUGUUGUUGUUGCCAACAAUGCGGUGGUUCAAGCAAGCUGUACUAGUUGAACUGUUCUUCUCAGGUCUCAUUGGCAGCCUGUCAAUUGAGACUGUUAUGCCAUUUAUUUUAGCGAUGGACGUCAUGAAUGUUUUUGAUGGUACCACUGGUAGUGAUUCGUUGCCCGGUGCCCAGUCGCUCGCUAAUAUGUUUUGCAAAAAUGACUGAUUUUGUUUAUUCGAUAUUGCUUGGCUAAUUUCGUAGUCAUUUCAACAGCCAACUAAUUGCAUUUCAGUGUCAACAGCACCGUUGCUUAAAUUUGCCACUGCUUC